AUGGAUCCAGACAAAGUACGUGUUAUCAAGGAAUGGCCUGUGUCACGGACCAAGAAACAGAUGGAAAGUGUUUUGGGUACGACAGUGUAUGUCUCGAGGUUUUGCGCUGCUUUUGCACAGUUUGCAGGGCCAUUGCAUGAGAGUACUAAGGGCUUACGCCAGAAAGAAGCCUUGCAUCUUACCGAUCAUCAACUUGAGUGUUUCGACGAACUUAAACGUCGACUUUCAACACCUCCAGUCUUACAACUUCCUGAUUUCGACAAACUAUUUAGUAUCCGCAUGGAUGCCUCAAAGUUUGCCACAAGGGGAGUUUUGUUUCAAAACGAGGGAGGGUUGGAAUAUCCAAUUGCAUAUACUGGUCGGAAGAUGAAACCUGCGGAACUGAACUAUCCUGUCCGAGAACAGGAACGGCUAGCCAUCAUGCAUGCACUUCGGGUUUGGUGCGUGUAUCUGCGUGAUUCCCCAUUCACAGGCGAGACUGAUCACAAGAGUAUUGAGCCUAUCUUGACGCAGAAGACAACAAACCGUCGUGUUGCUCGAUGGUUUAAUGAGCUCGUGGAAUUACAUCCCCAAUUCAAGUGGAUUCCUGGAGACAGUAAUCAGAUGUCAGAUGCAGUGUCUCGAAACCCAUUGUUUGAGCAUAAGGCCGCGCAGGUUAGCCUAAGUGAGCUAAUUGAAGCUGCACGCAACAGGGAAAUACUUUCCAGUAUCCAGACUACGAGUGUCACAGUAGCACACUCGGCCAAACAACUUUACUCUACGGACAUUCGGGUACCACGAUAUUCUGUGAACAAUGGAGUACUUUACUACCAGACACGUGAUGAUGUAAACUCGCGACUGGUGAUUCCGGAUAAUGAAGAUAUGAAGAAUCGUGUUAUUUGUGAAAACCAAGACGUGGUCACGGCAGGUCACCCUGGGUAUUUCAAGCCAUACUUAGGUGUCCAGAAGAAGUACUACUGGCCCAAGAUGUCAAAGUAUAUUCAGCGCUACGUGAACUUUGCCAGCGCAAUAAAGCACGCCAAACAAAGCCCCCUGGACUCCUUCAGCCAUUGGAGAUUCCAGAAGGUAGAUGGGUUGAUAUUUCGAUGGACUUCAUGA